AUGUUUAUUCAUGAUACACCAGCAGCAUUUUAUGGAAGAGGUAUUAAAAUAACAUCUGAUAUACUCGAAAAAUGGUAUUUAGAAUUUAAUGAUACUAUAGAAGAAUUUCAAAAUUAUUUACUUAAUCAAACAUUCGAUAAUCCAUUAUUUACUUCUUGGUCUCUUCGUCUUAAAUAUCGAGAAACAUUUAUUAAAACAAUUAUUGGAUGGCUCGAAAAACAUAAUAAUACUGAAGUAAAUAGUCAAUGGUAUGAUAUAAUAGUUGAUCUAGCAAGUCGAGGAUCAUGUGAACAAGAUUGGUGUCAUACGAUAUAUAUUCUUGAUAAUAAUCAAUGUGUUAUUCAUCGACAAAGUACAGCAUUACUAAGUCAUGGUCUUACUGGUCUUUCGAAUUGGCCUGCAUCGAUAUAUCUUGGUGAUUAUCUAAUGAAAAGAAUAUAUCUUCUAGAAAAUAAACGUAUAAUUGAACUAGGUGCUGGAUCAGGUCUACUUGGUUCAGCUUUAUUAAAAUAUUCAGAUAAAAUUUUAUCAUAUACAUUUACUGAUUAUUCUCCAAUGAUUUUAAAUUUAUUACGACAAAAUAUUUUACUUAAUUUUUCCGAUGAUCAGUUUAAUAAACAAAUUAAAAUUGAAGAAUUAGAUUGGAAUCAAUAUUCAAUAGAUGAAAAUAAACAAGAUUAUUUUGAUUUUAUUUUAGCUACAGAUGUUAUUUAUGAUCCAUCAGUAAUUGAAAGUUUAGUAAAAGUAAUUAAAAUUCUUUUACAAAUAAAUAAACAAUGUUCUGCUUAUAUUGCAAAUACUAUUCGUAAUGAAUCAACAUAUAAUCAAUUCCGACAAGCAUUAAAUCAAUCAUCUUUGAAUAUUUGUUCUAUUGAUAGAGAUAUUGUUCAAUCUAUUGAAAUUCUUCAACUUACUUUUUCGUCUUAA